CCGCACGCGCUCACACCGUAACGCACGUCAACACGUCGGGUCAACGUUUUUCGCGUUUUAUUUAUCUCUCCGACGUUUAACGUACAUAAUAAUAUAUUUAUAACAUAUAAAAUAAUAUUAUUACUAUUAUUAUUAUUAUUAUUAUUAUUAUGUUUUUCUGACACGGUUUUUAUCACCUCCGCAGACGAGACACGUCCGAGUCCAACGUCGUCAUAGUCGCGCGCGCCCCCGACGGAUUUGGAUAUUGCGUUAUCGCGCGUCGUCCAUUAUUCAAGUUCAAGUUCGUAGUUUCGUACAUGUUCUGGUGCACCGACUGACGUUCAGCGACGAACCGCGAGAAUCAGACAAUCAGUUGUUGUUGUCGCGCUCGUGGAUCCCUUGACCGCCGCACACCGCCGUCCUUUUUUCAGCUUUUCGAAUAAGAGUAAUAAUGGCCGAUCAGCAGCAAUAUUUUCUGAAAUGGAACGACUACCAGAGCAACAUGGUGUCGUCCUUCAAACACCUGAGGAACGAGAAGAGCUUCACGGACGUAACACUCGCUUGCGAAGGACAAACGUGUAAGGCACACAAAAUGGUGUUAUCAGCCUGCAGCCCUUACUUCAAAGCUUUGUUAGAGGAAAACCCAUCAAAACAUCCUAUCAUAAUACUUAAAGAUGUACCAUUCAGUCAUUUGCAGUCCAUACUUGAAUUUAUGUAUGCAGGAGAAGUUAACAUAAGCCAGGAACAACUGCCAGCUUUUUUAAAGACUGCUGAUCGUUUGAAGGUCAAAGGUCUUGCAGAAGCUCCACAAACUAUUAAAAAAGAUUAGUAUCUACUCAACAUUGCUAAAUAUGUUUUUAAUUAAAUUAAUUUUUAUUAGCAUAUUAAUGAAGAGCCCAAAUUUGCAUUAUUUUUCCUUUCCUUUUUUAAUGAAUUAUUAUUUUAUUUGUAUUUACCUAUAUUAUACAUUUGUCUAUACAAUUUACAACAGUACA